AUGGCUACCAAUCUAGCUGUUUCUCUUGGAGCAACAGUGACCAUGAGUUCAGUCUGGAGUUCUGUGUAUGUUGCUGCAAAGGCUAUAGAUGGUAAUCCAAAAGAUGUUACUGGACAGACACUUGUUGGUACUGAUUGUGCUGCUACAACGAAGUCUGAUAAUCCUUGGCUUCAAGUUGACUUGCAAAAGGAAUAUCUUGUGUCACGUGUUAGAGUUAUCCCUAUAGGUGAUAGAGGUGAAAAUCUGUAUGUUUAUGUUGGUGACAGCUUAAUAAACAAUGGGAAUGACAACCACGAGUGUGGAAAGGCUCCAUAUGACAGCUCUAAUGACCUUAAUGCAAUAUGGCGAGAUGUUAGCUGCAGUCCACCUGUUUGGGGAAGAUACAUUAAUUUACAGAGAAUAGUGACAAAUCACGCUCUUCAUGUAUGUGAGGUGGCUUUCAACUAUGAGUUGGAGAUUGCUAUUCUAGACAAUAAUAUGAAUAUUGAAGGAACAAGUGUGGCAGUUGAUGAGAAUCAAGUUUACUCUAAUCCUAUUGAUUGUGGUGUCAGUCCUGAUGUGACCAACUUUAAUUCUCUCUUGCAAUGGAAACACAACACAACCAAUGAUGUACCAUCUUCAAGUGUACAGAAUGCUGGCGUCUAUCAGAUGUAUGAGAAUGGUGUGCAGCAGCUCUACAUUAAGUCAGCUAGUGCCUUUAACAGUGGAGUGUAUACAUGCCAAUAUACUGCAACUGAUGGCUCUAUAGUGUCAAAGUCAUUUACACUGAAUGUUCGUGUGGUGGAUUGCAUUUGGGGUAGUUGGAGUUCAUGUAGUGUUGAAUGUGGAAAUGGCACCAGAACUCGGCAGAUUAGUCAAGCAGCUACAAUGAGUGGUCAGAUGUGUACAGGACCAUCAACUGAGAUCUGCAUAGUCACAUCUUGUAUGGCUACCAAUCUAUCUGCUUCUCUUGGAGCAACAGUGACCAUGAGUUCAGUUUAUGAUUCUCUGUUUGUUGCUGCAAAGGCUAUAGAUGGCAAUCCAAAAGAUGUUACUGGACAGACACUUGUUGGUACUGAUUGUGCUGGUACAACAUCUUCCUUGAAUCCUUGGCUUCGAGUUGACUUGCAAAAGGAAUAUCUUGUGUCACGUGUUAGAGUUAUCCCUAUAGGUGAUAGAGGUGAAAAUCUAUAUGUUUAUGUUGGUAACAACUUAACAAACAAUGUGAAUGACAACCACGAGUGUGGAAAGGCUCCAUAUGACAGCUCUAAUGACCUUAAUGCAAUAUGGCGAGAUGUUAACUGCAGUCCACCAGUUUGGGGAAGAUACAUUAAUUUACAGAGAAUAGUGACAAAUCACAUUCUUCAUGUAUGUGAGGUGGCUGUCAACUAUGAGUUGGAGAUUGCUAUUCUAGACAAUAAUAUGAAUAUUGAAGGAACAAGUGUGGCAGUUGAUGAGAAUCAAGUUUACUCUAAUCCUAUUGAUUGUGGUGUCAGUCCUGAUGUGACCAACUUUAAUUCUCUCUUGCAAUGGAAACAUAACACGACUAAUGAUGUAUCAUCUUCAAGUGUACAGAAUGCUGGUGUAUAUCAGAUGUAUGAGAAUGGUGUGCAGCAGCUCUACAUCAAGUCAGCUAGUGCCUUUAACAGUGGAGUGUAUACAUGCCAAUAUACUGCAACUGAUGGCUCUAUAGUGUCAAAGUCAUUUACACUGAAUGUUCGUGUGGCACCAACUCCACCUCGGCAUGUGAGAAAUUCAAGUGUGACAUCAAACUCAGUUACUAUUCAGUGGAGUCCUCCCUUGAACUCAAACGGCAUUCUUCACUUUUACACAGUUUACUAUGGCACUGAUACUUUACACUAUGACACGUCUCGUGACAUUCCCACUAGUCGAAGUAGAUACACAUUGAUGGAUCUCACUCCAUACACAACAUACUCCAUAUACAUGUCAGUUACAAACGAUGUCAACUCUAACUCAGAAAGUUCACCUAGCAACGUUAUUCAAGUACAAACUCUUCGGUCUCCUCCACUUACACCCAACAAACCAUUAGCUGGUAACACAAGACCAUCAACAACAACCAUAACGUUGGUACCUCCAAGUGUUGACAACUCCAAUGGUCCAAUCAAGUAUGUUGAUUUGAUUGUGCACGAGGAUGUGACCGGAUUUGAUGAUGAGGCAGCUAAUGUACCAUCUGAUAUUGAACCGUAUGACAAGAGUAGGGUCUGGUAUGUGGCAGCUCGAUAUGAAUAUGAUCAUUACAAGAGGAAGAUAGGCAGACAUCAGUUUACUAUUGGAAAUGGUUCAGUGGUAUCUGCUGGAGGUGUAGAGUACAUGAAUGGAGCACUACAGCCUGGACAGUCAUAUCUGGUUUAUGUUCGUGUUAUUGGGAUUGGAGAUGAUGGGGUGCAGGAGUUCUCAUCAGUCAGUAAGGCUAUAAAGUACACAACUGCGUCUGCAGAGAAUGAGUCAUCAUCAUCAUCAUCUGCAGGAGUAUCAAACUCAGUAAUAAUUGCUGUUACACUAAGUGUCAUCAUUCUCAUUCUAAUCGUCAUACUUUUUAUUUCUCUGAGGAAGAAGUACAGGUGCGUAAGAAAUGACGGAAAAUCAGAGCCUAUGAAAUGUGAUAACGUCAUUACUAAUUCUAAAGCGACAUCUGGAAUGAGUGAAUUUUUGGAGAAAAGCAAUGAGACAAUGACAGUUAAUACCUUAUACUCUAUGACAGGGAAAGGCAGCAGCACUGAAUCACAUAGUUAUGAAGAGGCUAGGACAGUUGCAGUUCAGCAAGACAGCAAGAAUGAGGAAGCACUGUAUGAGAGUAUGGAUGGUGAAGCAGCAUUUUAAUCUCAAUGUAAUAAAAGAUACUUUCUGCUAAUGAUUUGUGGCUUCUUUUAACGUUUUAAAUGCAUUUCUUAGUGCUUGCAUGUGUUUUAUCAAUGUGAUUGGCUUGUUUGUAUAUUAGCUAUAGAAGUGAGGAGGUAACCUUGUAUUGUUUGAGA